AUGACUGUUGUCUCUUUUAUCCCCAUCGCCAACGCCGCCUCCCUGCCUCGCGCAACGGGCAGCAACACCACCUACAAGCUCAUCGCCGACUACUCCGGCGCCAACUUCUUCGACCACUUCACCUUCUUCACGGACGCAGACCCCACCAACGGCCACGUCAAAUACCAAUCCCGCGACUUCGCCGCCUCGAACAACCUCAUCGGCCACGUCUUCAACGCCACCUCCAACGCCACCUCCGCCUACAUCGGCGUCGACCACACAAACAAAGCCCCGACCGGCCGCAACUCCGUCCGCCUGAUCUCCAAGGACACCUUCAACGCGGGCUCCCUGGCCGUCAUCGACACGAACCACAUCCCCGUCGCCGACGGCGCCUGGCCCGCCAUCUGGCUGCUCGGCUCCCAGGGCACCUGGCCCGCCUCCGGCGAGAGCGACAUCCUCGAGUACGUCCACGAGACGCGCUACAACGCCAUGACGCUGCACACCGCGCCCGGGUGUGCGAUCCGCAACGCCAGCGAGUCCUUCCAGGGCGAGCUCAAGAACGCCGACUGUAAUGCCGGCAACGCCGCGACGGGGUGUUCCAUCGCCGCGUACGGUCAGAAUCGCAUUGGAAACUCGCAGACCCGUGUCGCGACGGCCGGGUUUGCUUUCAACAAGCAAAACGGCGGCGUCUACGUCCACAACUGGCAGCCCGACGGCAUCACGGUCUGGAUGUUCCCGCACGGCGGUCUGCCGAAAGACCUCGUCGCCGGCUCGCCCAACCCUUCGAGCUGGACGCAGAAACCCCUCGCCAAGUCCCAGGGGGAGUGCGAUUUCACUUCUGCUUUCACGGAGAUGGCGUUAAUAAUCAAUAUCGAUUUUUGCGGAGACUGGGCGGGAAAAACCUGGGCCGUAGACGGCGCGGCGCAGCGGACGGGUGUUGAGACUUGUAACGAGUAUGUGGCGAAUCAUCCGCAGGCGUUUCGGGAGGCGUAUUUCGAUAUUGCGGGGGUCAGGUUUUAUUCGAAUAAUGGACAGAGUGUCAAGUCCAAGAGACAUGAGGGCCAUGAGAUGCCUACGUCUACGUUGGAGCGUUCAUCGACUUCGACGUCGGAUGCUGAGACGUUGGAAGUCGGAGGCUGGUUGGCUAUCGCAGGUACGUUGUUCCUGAUUGCUUAUUUCCUUUGA